AUUUAACUUCUUUUUCAUUAGAAUGUCGUUUUAAAGGAAUUAUAGAAUGUCAUUUAACUCCAAUUUGCAAUUAUGGGGGUUUUAAUGUAUUUGUUUGUGCUGUAUUUUGGUAUUAUAACCCAAAUCAACCACUGUUUUAGCAAUAGCAUGAUCAUGACAUGCUUGCCCAAGAAACAUGGUACACUAUUCAUAUUUGGAGAUUCUCUAUUUGAUAAUGGAAACAACAACUACAUCAAUACAACCACAGAUUAUCAAGCUAAUUAUCCUCCUUAUGGACAAACUUUCUUCAAAUAUCCUUCCGGCAGGUUUUCCGACGGACGCAUGAUACCAGAUAUUGUUGCUGAAUAUGCCGGGUUGCCAUUGCUUCCACCAUAUUUGCAUCCAGGUCACCCUGAAUAUGUCUAUGGAGUUAAUUUUGCAUCAGGAGGAUCUGGUGCACUCUCACAAACAUCUCAAGAAAGUGUGAUAGACUUGAAUACUCAGUUGAGUUAUUUAAGAAAGGUGAAGAAAUUAUUCAGGGAGAAACUUGGACAUGAAAAAACAGAGGAAUUGAUGUUCAAAUCUGUGUACUUGUUUAGUGUUGGAAGCAAUGAUUAUGGUACUCUUGUUGAUCCAAACUCAGGUGUUGUUCUACCUGUUGAUCAUCAACAAUUUGUUGAUAAUGUCAUUGAAAACCUCUCAAAUGUCAUCAAAGAAAUUUAUGAGCUAGGUGGAAGGAAAUUUGGGUUGGUUAAUGUAGGCCCUAUAGGUUGCUCUCCAAGCAUAAGAAUAUUGGUAAGAAAAUAUGAAUGCUUAGAAGAAAUUUCAGCAGUGGCAAAACUACACAAUAAGAAACUCACAGAAAUGGUUCAGAAGCUAGAGAAUCAGCUAAAGGGGUUCAUAUAUUCAGUCACUGAUUUCUAUAGUGCACUUUCUCAAGUGUUGAAAUACCCUUCAAAAUAUGGGUUCAAAGAAGCAAGUAGAGCAUGUUGUGGUAGUGGGCCUUAUAGAGGAGAAGACAGUUGUGGAGGAAAGAAAGGGAUAAAAGAAUAUGAGUUAUGUGAAAAUGUGAGUGAACAUGUGUUCUUUGACUCUCAUCAUCCUACCGAUAAAGCGAAUCAGCAUUUUGCCAGAUUGAUUUGGAAUGGAAAUGGAAAUGUCACAUGGCCUUACAAUCUAAAACAACUUUUUGAAAUUUGAGUCUUGUAACAAAACAAAACAGUGUUUUCUUGUUUUGAUUCCCUUUCAAAAUAAAAUGUAUCUAAUAUGAACAAUUGAAAUUUCGGCAA